AGUCGAAAAAAACUCAUUGAACGGACUAGCGCGACGGCGUCUGCGUGCGCUUACAAUUAUUAUUAUUAUUUUUUUUACAAUUUGUUUUUUGUUUGUGAAUUGAAGGCUCGCUUUCGAUUGAAAGUAAACAAAAAGUGUGUGCAAUUGAUAAAUAAUCAAUUGUGUGUUGUUAUUGCGGUUUUACAACGCUAAACAAAAAAAAGAGCAAAAACAAAAUAUAAAAUAAAGUAAACUCGUUUACCAACACCAAACACACACUGUAUGUGUUUGUUUGCAUUUUGCCUCUGCCUUUUGCGAUUACGAUUGCUAGUGUUGCGCGCGGUAUUCAGCUGUAAAUUGAAUGGAAAUUUCAAUUAAGAACCAAACCGUAUUCAAUGCAUUCCCUGCACAACGACAACAACAACAGUAACAGCAACCUUUACAGUUAGCAAACUGUGCCAACAGUUGAGGCGGCAAAACAAAUUGAACGUAAAAGAUGUCAUUGACGAAGAAGGAUCCGUCGUUGCGUGUUGCUGCCUCUGAUCCGCAUUUGGUUAGCCUUGGCGGCGGUCGGCUGAGCACCGCUGUCACCAUUCAUUACAUACAUAUAGGAGACACAACAAUUGGUUCGGCACCGAAUUGCAGCAUUUCGUUAAACGGCAGUGGAGUCCGUGCGCUGCACUGCACCAUUUAUCGGAGCGAGGGCAACGAGGUGACACUGGUGGCCGAGCCCGAGUCGCGGUUGCUCAUCGACGGCGCUGCAAUUGUGGGGGAUGAAGUAAAAUUGACACAGGGUGCAAUGAUCACCAUUGGCAAUUCGAAUUAUUUGCGUUUCAACAAUCCGGACGAGGCGCAAAUGAUGCGCUCAGCUAUGGGCUCCAACGAGCGCAUCUCCAUGCCACACAUUGACUUUGCUGCCACUGCCACAGUUGACACACUGGAUUCCUUCUACGAGACGAUCAUUAAUCCCCUCAAGCAUCAGGGCAACAGCAACAAUUCCAGUACCAGUGCCAGUCAGUGCCCCAAGGUGUUUAGCUCGGAUCUGGUCACCGUCAAUAUGCCCGCACGCGAUGUGCUUGGUCAGAAAUAUGCUAGUUUCGCGCGCAAUCUGGCCGAGAAUCAUCGCGGCGAGAAACAGCUAAACAAUCAAUAUGCCAAAACAUUGCCAGGCGGCAGCAGUGGCGCCACCAAUGGCAUUGGGCACAAUGCCGGCUACUGCAACAUACCCAGCAAUGCGGCUGUCUUCAAGCAGCAACAUCAACAGCAGCAGCAGCAGCAGCAGCAGCUACAGUUGCUGGGGCAACCAGAGCUGUUGUUGGGUAAGGUGAACAAUGAUCGUUAUGAUCGUUACCCCAAGCCGGGCACCUACACCGCCGGCGGUCUACAAAUCUAUGCGAUGAAUGGCAUCAACACCGAACUCAAUAGCAGCAGCGGUGCCGAGCUGGAGGAUAUGCUCAAAAUAUGUACAGAAUACGCAGAUAGACAGCAGCAGCAACAGCAGCAGCACAGCACCAACAACAGCAAUCAUGGCGUGCAUAAUGCCAGUGCUGGCAGCAUCACCUCAUCGCCCAUUGUCCAGAAUCGGAUUAAGACGAAUGGUUCGUUGCCACGCGACAAGAAGUCACCAUUCCAACAGCAUGCAACCAGCAGCAGCAGCAGCAACAAUAGCAGCAACACCAACAGCAGCAACAACAGCAGCAACAAUCUGGUAACGCAACACAUCAGCAGCACAUCGGGCUAUGAGAAUGUGCGUUUGCUGGGACCCAAUCGUGUUGAGAUCAAUGGUCAGCUGCAUGUUGCAGCCACGGCGACGGCAGGAACAGCCACAACAACCGUGUUGGCCAGCCAUGAGAAUUUGUUGACAGUUGGCAGUCAGUGCGGCCCUACUGGCGGCAAAUAUGUGCCACAGAGUCCACGGACCAAGAUACGCACCAAUUGCAUGUCACCCAAAAAGGAUGCCACAUUCAGCAGCGUCUUUGCAACAGCGUCCGCAAUGCAACAGCAGCAGAAGCCACCAUUGGCGCCCAAACCGCCAGCGCCAAAUCAGCAGCGUGACUACGAUCAGCUCUUCAAGUCCUUUGAGCGCAAGCAGCAAAUCGAGCACCACCAGCAACAGCAUCAACACCAUCAGCAGCAGCAGCAACAGCAGCAGCAGCAACAGCAGCAACAGCAGCAGCAGCAACAGCAACGCAUUCAAACACCCGCCAAGCGCUCCAACAAGAACAUUAACAAUCUGACGCUCAAUCUGAACGAAUCGAUAGCCAGCAGUGCCCAGCAGCAAUCGCCCAAGGCCAGUCGGAAGCCAGCGCCGGCGCCGCGCAGCAUCAUCAAUGUGGAGCAGCGGCAGCGACGCGAGCUACUCCAGCGGCGUAAACAGCUUAAGCGUGAGCUGGCGCAGCUGCCGCCAGCCAACGAUGAUCAUCACCAGCUGAAGCCCAGUGAGCAAUCUGCAUUGACAACGGCAACAACAGCAACUACAACGAAGAUGGCGACUCCCCGCCAGCAGCUGCAGGCGUUGCAGCAUCGCAUCCAUCGCCUGGAGGCGCAACGCAAUGCCACACGUGUCAUGGAGGAGAAUCAACAGGCGAAACUUAAGCAGUCCAUUGAAAUGAAACAAGAUCAGCACAAUAAACUGCGCGCCAUGUUGAAGCAGAAGCCGAAUAAUGCCUGCCUCAAGGAGGAGCUGGAGCAUGUCUGUGAAUCGCUGGACAGCGAUCGCAAAACGUUUGAGGAUCUGGAGUUUCAGUAUUUUGAGGAGGAGUCCGAGCAUCAUGCCUGCCACGAGGAGCUCAAGCGACAGGAGCAACGUUUACUGCUCGAAUCAGAGCUGGCAUCGCUGCGCAUCCAGCUGGGACCCGAUGAACCGGCCGAGGAGCCGGCAACAUCGCCAACCAUCAGUGGACGCAGCACACCAAUCACCAGCACCAGCACCAGCAGUAAUCUGAUCAAUGGCGUCAUGUCGCAAUCGCUGUUCGGCUCCGCUGAGCUGCUCUGCCCGAAGCGACGCAAUCAGGAUGAUCUGAUGUCCAAGAGCGUUAACGAGAACAUGUUCUACAACAACAAUAAAAUCGAGCUGCUGCCACAUGGGGCACAGGGACAGACAAGUACGCCAAAGCGUGCACCGUUGCAAUUGUACGAUGCCGGCAGCUGUGAGCAGAUUAGCUUCAAUUUAUCGCUGCGCAGCGAUAGAUUCGAGGUGAAUCCGCUGGAGCGGCGUGUGCCCUCGCAGGAUGACAUCGAUCGCAGUUGUAAGGUGGCCAACGAUGCCCCCAUCUCGACCAGCCAAGGGGCCAGCACGAAAAUCUUUGACAGCAUUAAGGAAAUCGAACGCAACCGCAAGCUACUGCUAGCCCAGCAAGGUCAUCAGGUCAUCGAGCAUGAGCGCCAAAAGAUGUACGAUCUGAAGAAGAAGUGCCACGACGAGGCACGCACCCAAUACUUGCUGUCAACGCAGAGCAGCAGCACAGAGCCACCAACGACACACUCGAUGCCACCACCACCACCGCCACCAUUACAUGCCCCAGUGAACGCCAAUGGCGGCAAAGAUGCCAGACUGUUUGAAAAAACCGAAUUACGAAAGCUCAACGAUGAAACAACUCAACAAAAACAACAGCACGAAGAAGAAGAAGAAGAGACGCACGAUAAGGAAAACAAUGCGUCAGCUGAUGGCAAAACAACAACAACAGCAGCAGCAGCAACAUCAUCAUCAAAAACAACAACAACAAGCGGCUGCCAACAGCAACGCCACUCGCAGCCGGAACUGGAGCAUCAUGCAAUCGCUCUUGGUGCUGGUGUUGGUGGUGGUGGCGCAGCAAUUGUGCGCAGUCCACGCCCGCUCUCGGAGGCGAACAACUGUGAGGCGUCCAUUGAGGGGCCCAAGUUUGCAAAUGGCGGCGACUCAUCAGCGACGGAGAACAGCAACAAGCGGGCCAGCUGCAACAGCAACUCACAGGACACCGCAUCGGCGGGCAGCGGUAGUGGUGGCAGCAGCAGCGGCGCCGGCACUGGCAGCAGCAGCACCGCCAGCGCCAAUGGUGAACGAAAGCGUGCGUUGCCAAAGCAUCAGCGUCCGUUGACACGCUACCUGCCCAUCUUCUCGCCAGAUCUUAAUCUGCGGCAUCACAUCGAGACUGCCGGCCAUCAGAUCGAUCUCUGUCCGCAUGUCUUUGUCGAUGCGCACAGCUGUCGCGGUUACCUACAUAAAUUGGGUGCCACGUUUCAUGCGUGGUCAAGGCGCUGGUUUGUGCUGGAUCGACAGCGAAGUGCUCUCAUCUAUUACUCGGAUAAGUCGGAGCGGAAGCCACGCGGUGGCGCCUACUUUGCGACCAUUGACGAGGUAUAUCUGGAUCAUUUGAAUGCCUCAAAGAGCGGUCGGCCACAUUGCACCUUCAUCGUGAAGACUAAGAAACGCAGCUAUAAUUUACAAGCGGCCUCGGAUGCAGCGGCUCGCAUUUGGAUUGAUGCCAUUAUAACCGGGGCCCAGGGCAAUUUGGACUAUUGACCAUCGAUUUCAAACUAUUAUUUUAUGCCCAUCACACACACACACACACACACACACUGAACUUGUUUUUAGCUCAACUAAACUGUAAACUUGUAGAUAUGUAAGGAAGCUCAUUAUUAAUGUAGUCGUUUCUAGCUAGGUUACAUAAAUCCUGUAUGUAUCCGUAGCAAAAACAAAAACAGAAAAACAGAAAACCAAGAAACUAAGCUACUUAUUUUUGGCAACUAACGAAAUCCGAGAUUUCAGUACUGGACCAAAGUGAAGAAUGUAUUUUGUAUGGUUUUAAUUUUGUCAUAAUCUAGGUAUAUAAGAAUCAUUUUUAUACAUACGUACAAACAAACAUAUAUC